AUGUCCACGAAAUCAAGUUUGUCCGUCUCCUUAGCCAAAGGUAGCUACGGCGAAGGACUCCCUUCGGAGCCCCAAAUGACUAUGGAUUCUGUGGAUAGCAAUACAGACUUGGAAAGCUCUCCGCCCCGACCUCCCGCCGCUGUUUCUUCCGCAGCCGCAGUUGGCGACGAUGAACAUGAUGUCAAUCAAGACGAGGGUAUUACCACACCUCCCGCUCAUGCUGCCUUGAAGGCUCCCUUGAGCAGCCAGUCGUUACCAAGCGUACAAUCUACAGAUCAGUUUCUGGAACUGAACAAUCGACUGGAUCUUUCCGACUCGAGUGCCAUCAUGUCGAGUCUGAAAAAAGACGGCAAGAUCAAGACGACCGUAGCAAUGAAUGGGCAAGGGAGUUCCAGCAACCUCCGAUCUUCUUCCCGACUGUCCUUCUUGUCGUCGCGACAGUUAUCUCGGCGUCCUUCCAUGCAUGAUACCCACGACGAAGAACCGCUACGAAGAGGAGAAUUCCUCUACUAUCUUUACAGCUUUGCAAUUCUGGGAACCGUCAUUCGCGUCUAUAUGGGGCGUUUGUUUGGUGGCGAUUGCGAACAUCCCGGCGUCUACACGGAUUGGCUGUCGCCUUUAUCACAAAAGAUUUGCGUCACCAACUCGGGUGAAACCACACAGACAGGAGGAGCUCUGUUCCUCGACCUGCCCGCAAAUAUCCUGGGAAGCUUCGUUAUGGGCUUGGUGAGCUCGCUUAACCCAGAGGGCGGACGGAAAGGUAGCAAGCUUCCUUGGCUACACAAUGAACAUCCGCUGCAGAAACAUGAAGGAAUACAUCAUGCAAUCAAGGUUGGCCUCUGCGGGUCUCUUACUACAUUUGCUUCGUGGAACAGCCAAAUGAUCAUCAUGAUGGAUGGGACGUACACGGAACUUGGACCCCAGGUUGUCCCCGCUUUGUUUGGCUACAUUGUAGGAAUGGCUUGUGCAGUUUGGGGUUUCACCGUUGGAGGUCGAGUACACGAGUGGGUAUAUGACUGGAGCAAUGGUAUCAAAGACAGCGAAUCGGACGAAAGGCAUCCGAUUCCGUCCUUACUGAGCAGCAGUGAUGAAUUGGAUGAUGACGAAGAGCAAGCGCCUACCAGUUGGGACUCGGAAGAAUCUGGCCCGCGUCAACGUAUUCCGUCCAAAAAGUUUUCAUCGUCGACAAAGAAAGAAGUUAAAAGACAGCCAGUUAGAAGGGUUACGGUCCUGGCGCACAAAGUGGGGCCAUUUCUGCUUGCUGUUGGAAUUCUUGCGGGUUUUGUUGUUGGCUUCACUGUUUACGACAAUCAAUUUUACAGGGAGGCAUUUGCUUGCUCUCUCCUGACGCCUGUGGGCGUUCAUCUUCGAUGGAAACUUGCGUCUUUGAAUGGACGCGGUUUUGGAGAAGCUCAUAAAUAUCAGUGGGUACCUGUUGGGACUUUUACGGGCAAUAUGAUCGCAGCGGUCAUCUCGAUUGUAUUUGCAGCUGUGGACAUGAAGUUCAGUCACCGGGCCGGGUAUUCUAAUGAUCAUCCUUGGGUCAUCGCCCUCGUCGUUGGAAUGAAGACGGGGCUUGCGGGUGCUCUCUCGACUGUGUCGUCCUUCGUGAAAGAGAGUGUGAACUUGGCUUCGAUGCACCCGACACAUGCAAAGGCUUACAUUUACUCCGCAACAACAAUAAGUUGCGCUAUGCUUCUGGGCAUAACCAUCUACGCUCCAUGGAUGAGAUACGGUUAA